UUCCGGCCGGCGGCGGGGACGGGCGCGCCGGUGACACCGCGCGGUUGGUUCUUGCCCUCCCCCGCGAGUGGCUGCCGGGAGCCAAGAUGGAGGCGGUGAGCAGAGCGGGGCAGGAGAUCAGCCUGGCGGCCCUCAAGCAGCACGACCCGUACAUCACCAGCAUCGCCGACGUGACCGGCCAGGUAGCGCUCUACAGCUUCAGCCCGAAGGCCAACGAGUGGGAGAAAACCGACAUAGAAGGGACCUUAUUUGUGUACAAAAGGUCAGCUUCUCCUUAUCAUGGUUUUACGAUAGUGAAUCGACUGAACAUGCACAACCUGGUUGAACCAGUAAAUAAAGAUUUGGAGUUUCAGCUUCAUGAACCUUUUCUUCUCUACAGAAAUGCUAGCUUGUCAAUUUACAGUAUCUGGUUUUACGACAAGAAUGACUGUCAUCGAAUAGCAAAACUCAUGGCUAAAGUGGUAGAGCAAGAAGCUCAAAGAUCACAGCAGAUUUCCCAGGACAGAAAAAGUCCCAACAGAACCAAUGGCUGCAAUGAAAACAGGCCCAUUGACAUCCUGGAAAUGCUCAGUAAAGCCAAGGAUGAAUAUGAACGAAACAUUCUGUUGACCACCUCAGCUUUAGCAACAAACCUCUGGCACAUUAAUUUUGGAACUCCUUGUAGCCAAGGUUUGUCGAAAAAUCAGAUCAGUGACUUAAGUAUUGUAUCAAGUUCUGGAAUGCAACAAAAUGCAAAUCCUCCAAAGCCAGAAAGCACAGAGCUUUCAGAACAAAAAACUUCAUUACAAGUGCAAGAGCAGACAUUUCAGACAAGGCAGAAGCAUCUGACUUUGGAGGAACUGUUUGGAACAUCUGUACCAAAGGAACAGCCCGCAGCUCCAUAUCCCAAUGCAGAGAGACUGGAAAAGUUGCAGACUGACACCUCUGCGAGAGAGCAGCACAGUUUACUCUUGCCUUUUUCCUUUGACCAGUCAAUAGUAAUAAAAAAAUCACUCGGGAAGUCUGAAAGUCCAAGCAUUAUAACCAGUGCCAAUCCUUUGAAUCAGCAGGAAUGUUUACCACCUAUGCUAAUACCUCCAGCUUCAGUUUCCCAGCCUGAUGUAAAAAAUGUUUCAAGCUAUUCAGUUCGUUUAAGCCCUAUUCUUAAUUCAGCCUCGACAGUGGAAGCUGCCCCUGCUCAGUUGCUUCCUGGCCUAAAACAAAACAACAGUAUAAUGCAAGUUAUGCAGCAAGCUGCCAAGCACAUAUCCCCACCACUGAAUCAGCCGCCAUCUGAAGUGAACCACGCUCCACAAAAUCUAAUGGCUGGCCAAAGCCAGCUUAUAGCACCCUUGGCAUCAACAAAUACAGGAACUGUCUCAAAUACAUCCCAUCCAAAUGCUGAUCUUCUCCAGAAAUUCAGGUUGACCCCACAGCAUGACCAAACGCAACAGCAGCCUCUCACUAAGGCUUCCUUAACACCAAACAUCUCUGCCUCGGUUGGCCAGCUUGCAACACCAGAAAGCUUCAAAGAAUCUCACAGUAAGCCAUCAGCCCUGAACAGCAAGAUAAUCUCUCCCCUUCAGACUGUACAACAGAACAAGGAAUCAGAAGUAUUUCCACAGCCGAAGACUUUGUCCAAAGCAAGUCAAGUUGCACCUCCACAGUUUGUUACAGCCACAACUACAGUAACACCUUCGGUCCUCUUGUCUCCUAGUGUUUUUCAGCAAUCAGCUACAAAAGCUACUGAAGUGGAGAAUAAAGCCAAUUCUUCUUCGCCUUUAACACUUGGAACAUCAGAAAUUCAGACUAUACCUCCUACUGUUCUCAGCAGGUCUCAGCUUCAGGAAGCGCUGAUACAUCUAAUAAAGAAUGAUUCCCGUUUCCUCAGCACUAUUCAUGAAGUCUACUUGCAAGUCCUAACCAAGAAUACAGACAACAUUAAGCUAUAAUUGAAGCUAAACCUACUUAAAAUAUAUCCAUUUUAAAAACAAUUAUGCGUCGUCUAUAAAACUAAUAUUUUUGUAAAAGAAUAUUUAGUUUUCAACGUCUUGAAUUUGAACCUGUUAGGAAAGACUAUUCCUUAAAUACUUAAGAAAGUAAUGUUCUCAGAAGUGAUCUAGGUUUUCACUGUGAUCAUCACCAGCAAACCUUUGUUUUUAUUGGGGAGGGGACUUAAUUUGCAUUUGAACUCUCAUUAGCAUUAAGUAAAUGUGCAAAUGUUUGCUCUGGCUUUCAUUUCUAGAUGUGUUCACUGUUCAAGGAUUACAGACUCAAUACUGUUUAAACCAGCAAAUACAUAGUACACUACACCACACCAGAACAAAAUUCAGUUGUGGGAACCUACUUCCAGUUGGGAGGACUGAGAAAAGGAGAGCGAAAUGCCUUGUGAUUAAGUUGGCAGGUGUGGGGAAGGAAUAGAUCUGGAAGCCAGGCCUUGUAAAAAUGUGAUUUGCUCAAUACAUUUACAGUCUCUAGCUAAUGCACAUAAAUUAAUCUUUUAAAUAAUUCUGUUAAUCUUAUUUGCUUCUGUGUCGCUGACAUUAAACAGGUAUCCAAGUGAGUUAAGACCAUUUUCUCUAAAAAGGCGAAAUUUGAAAUAUGCAAAAUCCUCAGUGGUUGUAUCAUUGCUCUUUUAAGCAACAGAGUAGUUCUGUUGCAUGUUGAAGUUCUCUUGUUUUAAAUUUAUAGUUAGGAGACCACUACUGGAAGACCUCUUCCUGUUCAGCAGGGUUUGCUAUGAUUUAAAUACUUUGUCUCCCUUUUAGCUUAAGGAUGGACCAUGUCAUAGUUGGCUUUCAUUCCUCAGUUGUGUUGGAACUGCAGUGUUGAAGACUAUGCAGAUGGGGAACAAACACUUUGCUUCUGUUGCCCUCUCCCCACAUUGAUAGUGUGCAUUUCAUAGUCUGAAGUUUAUCUAAUUAAAAUGUUAUCACUUCUUAUAUGUGAUUUGGUAAUUCACUAUUCACUAGUGUAAGAAUUUAACUGGAUACUUUCUCAUCUGAAAUCAGAAAAUUAGUUUCUUAUGCUGCUGUGUUGGUUUACCCAUGGUUUGUGUUUAUUUCUUAAGGGCAUGCAAAGGUAAUUAAUAAGACUUCAGGUUCCAACUUUCUCCAGCAAUAGUAGUUUUAAAGGAUCUUUUCCAGUAGAAAAGUUUUGGUUUAUUGGGUAAGAAGAUAAUCUGUAGUGAGUUAUGAUGCACUGCUGCUUUCUUUUCCAUCAAGCACUAUUGAAACAUGAAGAAAAAAAAUUGUUUGGCUCCUUACAACAUAUAUGUAUGUAUAUAUAUCCUAAGGAUUAGUUAAUGAUGAGGUAGUCAAGGUGCAUGGUCACUUCAUUGGAAACUAGUAAUUGAGCUUUAAUUGUGACUUGUUCACAAAUCAGUAUGUUUUAGAUACAACAAAUAUUUACAUUUUUAUGCAUUUGAUCUGUUUUAGGUUUUUUUCAUAGCUUUUUAGUGGAAAAUAUAUUUUGUUUAGCACUACCUGCCUUCUGAAAAGCUCUUCUUAGCAUUUGAGUUCAGUGUUUCCAGUUAAAAUAUAUAUUGUUUUGUUAGAAAAACGUGCAAGAUUCAGGGAAAGAUGCUAAUGUCAUGCACAUUCAUCAAGAAAUGUAUUGGCUUUAAUGGUAGCAUCUGAAUGCAGCAAUAUAAACUCAGCCUUGUUAGGGAAGAUAGGAACUUCCUACAGAAAUUGUAGAGUUGUAAUACUGUGUGUGCACAUAAACAAUGAGACUCAAAUUAGAUCUAAGUUCUAAACGAAUUUGUUGGGGUUUUUAGAAGUAGUUUCACUAAAUGGGACAAACCAAUGAGGAGUUCCUGUGAACAAAAAUGGGCAGCCUAAACCAAAUAGAGAGUUGCUUUUUAUCUGGAUUUAGCAAAGAUGAAGUCCAUAACUUCUCACUUCUUAUGGACAGCUUCAGUUUCUUCAAAGGAAGAUUUGAUUGAAGUUGCUAAGAAUAGAAAUAUCUGAAGCUGACAGUGUGUAUUUGUACUUUUGCCAAAUACAGACAUAUCCAAAGAUCUAUAGAAACGGUAGGGAAGGAGUUGUGUUUUGAGGUCUUCAGUCAUACACAGUUGACAAAAGUAAUUCUGUUUAGAGCAGCAAUGCUGUUACAAGAGUUUGCCUCUACGUUGAAUUGCCCUUCACUUGUUUCCAGCUCUCUAGGAACACCCACAAGCAGUUGGCAGAUCCUUGUUUUACUUUUUGUAAUGUACUAGUAGCAAUACAUUAUUGGUUUACUUCUUUCCCCCCCAGCUUUCAAAACUAAUUGGAAGAGAAACAUAAGUUGAAAUCUUAAUUACUAGCCAAGCAUUUUUACAACAAGCAAACCUGUUCAUCUGGAACACCUGCGUGUUUGCUCCAACCUCACUACAUGUAGCCACCAGACACUGGAACCAGCCAACACACUGUAGGGAUUUAUGACAAGUGCCAGGGCAGUGGGUUUAACAGAUAAAUCUCUUUAAUGAAAAGUUGCAUUAUAAAACUCAAGCUUAACUACAGUGCAAGAUUUGAAUUUUUUUAAUAUGGACUGUGUUAUCUGACAAGUUUGGGUUUUUUUCCUGAUUAUUUUAGCUUUUUGUAUAAAUCUAAAAUUACCAGCCUGUUGAAGUGCUUGAUUUGUGUUAUCCGCAUGUAGAGAUACCUAGUGUGUGGAAAGUUACCACGGCUCAUCACAGGAAAUGAUUGUGACCAUUUUCAAGUUGUAUUUGGUUUGGGUUUGGUUUUGUGGUUUGUUUGUUUGUUUUUCUAAAACUACAGGUUUAAUGCUAUUUUACCUAUUAGUUCUGAGAAUUAAAAGAUUACUAGUUUAGACUAUACUCCCCAAAUUAAUUGCAUUAUUAAGCAUGUGUUUUGUGGCUAGCGUUAAAUUGUUUAAAUAAAACAACCACACACAAAACAAACCAACCAAACUCAGACCUAAUCAAAAACAGUUUUAAAAGCUACAGCUGCUGAAUUGUUUAGGAAAAUCAAAAUUCACAGUUACAUAGUUAGAUUUUAUCUGCUGUUAUUUAAUGAUGAGAAGUUUAUAUGAAAGGUGCCUAACAGCUAUUAACUUAGAAACAGUAGAUCUUUCCAAAUUAAAGAAGGUGAUUGCAGAAUGAUUGAAUAAAAUUUAAAAAAAUUAGUGAUUCAUCUUGAUUUCAUAUUAAAUGUUUAAUUCUGUGUAUAAAUACUCAAUAUAAUAUUUAAACACUCGCUGCUGGAUGUAUCUCAGUUUUGCUUGCAUUUCUAAUUGCUUCAUUUUGCUAUAUUUUUGAAAUCCAUUAUGCCACGUGUAGCCACUGACAUAAUUUCUGAAAUUAUGUUUGAAAACAAACUUUCAUUUAGGACUUCUUGUUUUCAAAAGUAUUCUAAACAAAUCAGCCACCUUUUUGCCAGAUAUUUGGGUUGCUUUGUACAGCAUAUCUUAACAGAAAGAAUACGUGCAAUAUGUAUCACCUCAGUUUUGUCUGGCAAUGUUACAAAAAUGUUAAGAUGCAAUAUCUUCCUUUCACUUCAAGUCAGAAAAAAAUGCAGUAUCUCUAAUUUGGUGGUGUAUUUAUUUUUAUCUAUUCAAUGUAUGGGCAUAUGGCUAGUUAGGUUUUUUAUGUACAUUAUGUGCUUUUGGUAAUUUCUGAGUUUUAUCGCUUUUGUGGAUGCACCAGUUGUAUCCAUUUGCAUGUUCUUUCAUUACAAAGACCAUGGGAAAGGGGGGAGCUUCAGGAAAGAUUUCUGGAAACCGGAAUGACAGUAAUUGUAAGUAAAUAAAUGUAGAUACUGCAUCAUUAACGUUUUUGGUAUGGUAUGGAUUUUAUAGCACCUGUGUAUGUUUGCAAUUAUUAAGUUAUUGCAUAAAUGUUUAAGAUUGAGCAUUUUCUCAUCCAAAAUUUUGUAUGUUUGCAAAUAUAUUUUUGUAAUAAAACUUCAAAACAAAUGUUUCAGCACCUCCUAAAA